UGCUGGCCACUCUUAGGACGGAAGGCAUAGACUUCAGGUGUGUUCCUAUCCUAAGAAUUGUAGAAAAGGCAGAGGGGCCUGAAUGUGGCACUGAACCAGGACAGGCAACUGUGAGCAGCAGGUUUCCUGGACCCAGAAAGCGAGCGUGUUCUUACAAGGCCUGAAUUUCCUGCUGCUCUUCCAAAAAUGCUUUUCAUCUUCAACUUCUUGUUCUCUCCACUUCCAACCCCAGCACUGAUCUGCCUCUUGAUUUGCAUUGCUGCUGUCUUCUUUUGGCUCAUCAACAAACCACACCCAGUCGUCCCUCUUAUUGAUCUGAACAACCAGUCCGUGGGGAUUGAGGGAGGAGCACGGAAGAAUGCUCGCCAGAAGGACAAUGACCUGAUACGCCACUACUUCUCAGAUGCCAGGACAGCAUAUGAAAUCUUCCAGAGAGGACUUGUUGUAUCUGACAAUGGCCCUUGCUUGGGAUCUAGAAAACCAAACCAGCCCUACAAAUGGAUAUCCUAUAAACAGGUGUCUGAUCGAGCUGAGUACUUGGGCUCUUGUCUUUUGCAUAAAGGACAUAAUCCAUCACCAGACCAAAAUAUCGGCAUCUUUGCUCAGAACAGACCAGAGUGGAUCAUCUCUGAGUUGGCUUGUUACACAUACUCCAUGGUGGCUGUGCCCCUGUAUGAUACCUUGGGAGCAGAAGCCAUAGUAUAUAUCGUCAACAAAGCUGAUAUUUCCACGGUGAUCUGUGAUACUCCUCAGAAAGCCUCACUCCUGUUGGGCAAUGUAGAAAAAGGUCUAACCCCUGGCCUGAAGAAUAUCAUUCUCAUGGAUCCCUUUGACGAGGACUUGAAGCAAAGAGCAGAGAAGAGUGGAGUUGAGCUCUUACUCUUUUAUGAUGCUGAGAAUAUUGGCAAAGAAAACUUCAGGAAGCCAGUGCCUCCCAAGCCAGAAGACAUGAGCCUUAUCUGCUUCACCAGUGGGACCACAGGUGACCCCAAAGGAGCCAUGAUCACACAUGAAAAUAUUGUUUCAAAUGCUUCUGCUUUCCUCAAGUGUGUGGAGUACACGUUCGAGCCCACUCCUGAGGAUGUGAGCAUCUCUUACCUCCCCUUGGCGCAUAUGUUUGAGAGGGUCGUACAGGCUGUUGUAUACUCUUGUGGAGCCAAGGUGGGAUUCUUUCAAGGAGAUAUCCGGUUACUUCCUGAUGAUAUGAAGACCCUCAAGCCCACGGUGUUUCCUGCAGUGCCUCGUCUCCUCAACAGGGUCUAUGAUAAGGUGCAAAAUGAAGCCAAGACACCCUUGAAGAGGUUCUUAUUAAACUUUGCUAUUUCCUGUAAAUUCAACGAAGUGAAAAAGGGCAUCAUCAGACGUGACAGUAUCUGGGACAAGCUCAUCUUUAACAAGGUCCAGGAGAACCUCGGUGGGAAGGUCCGCAUCAUGGUCACCGGAGCUGCUCCCAUCUCCUCUCCUGUCAUGACGUUCCUCCGGGCAGCAUUAGGGUGUUCGGUAUUUGAAGCUUAUGGCCAAACAGAGUGUACUGCUGGAUGUACAUUUACAUCACCUGGAGACUGGACAUCAGGUCAUGUCGGUGCCCCACUUGCCUGCAAUCAUGUCAAGCUGGAAGAUGUACCUGACAUGAACUACUACUCUGUGAACAAUGAAGGAGAGGUCUGCAUCAGAGGCACCAACGUAUUCAAAGGCUACUUGAAGGAUCCUGAAAAGACACAGGAGGCCAUCGACAAGGAUGGUUGGCUUCAUACUGGAGAUAUUGGCCGAUGGCUCCCGAAUGGAACUCUAAAGAUCAUUGACCGCAAGAAGAACAUUUUCAAGCUGGCUCAGGGAGAGUACAUUGCUCCAGAGAAGAUAGAAAAUGUUUACAACAGGAGUAGAAUUGUGGCGCAAAUUUUUGUACAUGGGGACAGCUUACGGUCAUUCUUAGUAGGAGUAGUGGUUCCUGACCCAGAUGUGCUUCCCUCAUUUGCUGCCAAUCUUGGGGUGAAGGGAACUACUCAAGAACUGUGCCAAAACGAAGUUAUAAAGAAAGCCAUUUUAGAAGACUUGCAGAAAAUUGGAAAAGAAAGUGGCCUUAAAUCUUUUGAGCAGGUCAAAGGCAUCUUUGUUCAUCCAGAAUUAUUUUCUAUUGAAAAUGGACUCUUAACACCAACACUGAAAGCGAAGCGGGCAGAGCUUGCCAAGUACUUCCGUGCUGAAAUCGACAGCCUGUAUGAGAGUAUGAAGGAGUAGGAUAAGUCUGCUGCUGUGUGAAGGGGAAGGAGUUUAAACUUGAUUGUCAAGCGCACUUUUCCAAUGAACAAGUGAAGCAACCACCACCAGAACUAGGACCAAAAACUCUAAAGAAGGCCAAAUCCUGCACAAUUGGCUUAUCGUUGGAGAAGGAACUGACUUGUUUUUCCCUGGACUCUAAUUCCCUUACCUACAGACUACAGACUCUACCUUACCCACAGAACAUGUUGCUUCCACUUGUAAAUGUAAAGACUUUAAAAUAAACUUGCAAAUAUUUA